AUGCCGAAAAUGAAGUGGUCAGUUAAACAUGACACUACAUUUGGUCGCGAACUCCUUAGCUGGGAACUAUGGAAGUACCGUUCAGGCACCAGAGAGCGGGGAAACUGUUUAGACGAAAUAUGCAAAAUUCUGAAUAACAUCAAAGACCCCCAAUUUUGCGUUUCGCAAAAGGGUUUGAGGGACCGCUUGAAAAUCCUGGAAAGGGAUUCCAAGGCCAGGAAGAGAGAGGCCGAGAGGGGCUCGGGAAUUUCCCCCGAAUACCGAGAAAUAGAUCAAAUAAUGGAAGACUAUAUGGAGAGAAGAGAGGAGGAAGAGAAGACCAAGGAAUCCCGCACUGACGUGGAUCGAAACAAGGCAGAUUAA